AUGGAAAGAAUAACAGAUGAACAAGGAGAGCAAAGACAAACCGGAAAAAUAAUAAGCACCCGAGUAGAUUUGGUUUUACCAGUUUCCGAAUUAAAAUUAAAUGUAGAACCAGCACCAAGAAAAAUAGAUUUUUAUGAAAAAUGUUUUAGAGAAUGUUACGACAAUUUACGCGCUAUCGACGAAAAUUUACCGGAAAGCAGUUUAGACACUUAUGGACUAGCCAGGUUAGCGGCCGGAGAAGAAAUUGAUAUUAAUGCUGAACUUACCGCCGAAAUCCAAGCUUGA